GUUCCGGCGGGUCAUUGCGGAGGCGGGUCUGGAGGACUGGAAGGUGGCGGACUACGAGGCUAUCGCCGUGCGCGACGACACGCCCCGCACCGCUGGGUUUGAGGCGGCCAUCCGCCGGAGCCUGGCCGCCCUGCCGGCGGGGCGGGCGGCCGUGCUGCAUCGGCACCGGCCCGUCCAGGGCCCCAUCUCUGAACCGCCGACCAUCGGCACCGGCCCGUUCGCCCUCCUGGCCAUCAUGGCCGCCAGGGCGGGGGCCAGGCGGGUCUACGCGGUCGAGAAGAAUCCCGCAGCCGCGUCGCUGGCCCGGGGCGCGGUGGAGGAGGCGGGGCUCGGGGGCACCGUGCAGGUCAUCGAGGGAGACUCCAUGCAGGUGGAGCUGCCCGAGAAGGUCGACCUGGUCGUCUCGGAGCUCAUCGGCAGCAUCGCCACGCAGGAGGGGGUGGAGCCCAUCAUACGCGACGCGGGGAGGCGCUUUCUGAAGGAGGGCGGCGCUAUCCGAGAGAUGCCAGACGUGCAUCGCGCCAGUCCUGUACAAGGGCCGGUCCCCGCUGGACCAGCUGCUCAGCCCGCGCGGCGAGGGCCUCCGCAGCCGCGGGACGUCCGUGUCUGGCGCGUCGCCCCCGCUGCGGGUGCGUGCCGACGCCGCCGACGGUCGCUGCGCCUGCUCGCCGAGCCGCGGCUGCUGGAGGACUUCGACUACGCCCAGACUGGAGGCGGGCCC